CCAGCCAGCCCGGCCCGGUAGGCAGCCCCAGUUGCACUCUCGGCCGGGCCAGCCCCGCUGGAGCGCUGCCUGCCCUGCCUGGGGGGAUGAGCAGCCUGCACCCGCCCAGCCCUGAGCGCGCCCUGGGCUGCCUGCAGCAGACAGCGCCCGCCCGCCCGCCCGCUGCUGGCCAUGUCCGGACCCGGAGCUCACAGCCAGAGCAGGAGGCUGCCCUCUGACAUGGAGCAUGGGCAGCGGGGACUGGAGCCAGAGCAGAUGCAGCAGCAGCUCAAAUUACGUGACAGGCAGAAGUUCUUUGAGGAGGUUUUCCAGCAUGAUGUGGAUUUCUUCUUCCCCAUGUCCCACCUUCAGAUAGAGCACAGAAGACCUCCGCUGGGCAGCAUUUCCUCCAUGGAGGUGAAUGUGGACAUGCUGGAGCAGAUGGACAUGAUGGACCUUUCUGACCAGGACACCAUGGACGUGUUUCUCAGCUGUGGGACAGAGGAUAACAAUGUUGCCGGUCUCCUGCCAGAGCCCAGCCACUACCAGGAGGAAAUCACCCUGCAAGUGCCCAAUGCGUCCGAGAUCAAAUCCCGGAUCUCGUCCACAUCCUCCGUCUCCACAGACCUGAACAGCCUGGACACCAGUGAGGAGGGGGCCGAGACGCCCGUGGUGCAGUCAGAUGAGGAGGAGCCCCAGGAGGACAGCCCUGAAGCGCAGGCGGCCAGAAGCUAGCAGCAGGUUCCCUGCUCUCUCCUCAUCCACCCUCUGCAUGGACCUGCCAGCAUGAGAGGAAGGAAGGCUGCUGGUUGUUUGACUCCUGCUCAGUACACCCCGAGCCGUCUCCCCAUCCCAAGGAGCGGAGAGACGGCUUCCCCCAGCGCGUUCUUCAGUCAGCCACAGGAGAAGGAGAGUGGGGCAGAAAGAGAGGGGUAGUGUAGUGCUUCAGACAUUAACUCUUCAGGCUUUGCUACUAACUCUCCUGCUUCACUCACCCGAACUGCUACCCGAGCCGUGGCCUCAGCUGUGCCCAUUCCUGGCAAAGCCUCCCCGCAGGAUUUCAGCCCCCCCCAGUCCCAGUGGGACCCCCAAAGGCAAAUGUGUAACAAAAGCCUACAGAGAAAUUAUACUCCUGUCAAAUAAGCCGUCAGGGUGGUGUGUGUUAUUGGAGAACCACGAAAGCCCAGUGCUUGGUGGGGAUGAGAGGCUGGCUAGGAAAGGGUUGCAGAAGGAGGACAAGGAGAGCCUUAGGGAGGGGAGACAGGCUUAAGGCAGGGGAUGAAGCAAUUACAGCCACGCUACCAAGGACAAGACCUCAGUGGUAGAUGAGUCAAAAUUUCUCAGUCGCCGGAGAACAAGGGUCUUAACGUCAUUCCCAGACCAGGCGCCAGCCCAAUCCAGUGGCCAUUCCUCUGCCCAACAUAAAUACAAGUGGCAUAGUCCUCAUUACCCACCCCUGAGGAGAACUAUGGGGGUUAAUGGGGCAAAUCACCAACCCAUCCCAAUAAUAAUACUGAGCACUUCUAUGGUGCUUUGCAUUUUCAAAGGGCUUUGAUUGCAUUUGUGCUUACAGUGGACACAGCCUGAGACGGCAGUGAGAAUGUACUGAUUCCCACACUAAACCCACAGGGCUGGUGGGCGUGGGAGCACUGUGAUCUGUAACAUGACCCCAUGAGUGUGUUAAUGCAAUUCCCCAUGAAUUGUACAACCCUUCUAGCACCGCAGACUAGCCCCCUAAGCACAGCAGAAUACCCAGCAUGGCUGCUGGAGCUCUGGCUUACAAGGACAGAUUGUCACUUUGACUCCUCCUUGCUGGCUAUUUGUCUUGCCCUCUUCCUACUCCCAGGAAUGAGCAUAGCCGUAGCCACACACAGAUCCGGCUGCAUCACCAUUUUAGAGAGGCGUGCAACUGCUACCAACUGUUCAAUACGGGAAAGCUUUGGCCACCAGGAGACUAUGUAACAGGGAAAACAAAGUCACUGCUGUGAUGAAAGUGGAGCAGCCUCAAGGAGAGGGAGUCUGGUACAUAAAUAACAGAGGCCAGGUAUUGCUCUAGAGCCAGGCCAUUUCCCAGGGGCACUCAGAGCUGCAUAAUAGCUAGACACAUACUAAUAGAUGCUGUUGGACCCUGGCUGCAGCAUUUACAUCCCAGGUAUCAUCAAAUGACAAGCCAGUGCAGAUGAGUCACAUUCUGUCCACAAUACUGCCUCAAAGCAUUCUCCAGAGAAAGAGGUUAAAGGGAAAAGAAAGGUCUGAAAAGAGGAAGUGACUCAGCAGAAUGGCAACUCCGGAGAGAUGGGGGUAGCACAAAUGUAAUCCUAGCAAUCAGCUAAACUCAUGGAAAAAUCCAAGAAGUGAAUGACCACUGCUGAGCAAGGACUGCUCCCAGGACCCCGAUUUCAGAGCCAGUUUGCAGCAGUCUGUGGACAGGGUGGUGCAGGGAGUUCCCUAAGCCCAGAGAAUUUGUGUCCAGUGCCCCUGGCUAUCCUAGCUCAUGCAUAACUGAAGCAUUCCAGCACUGCAAGUCUCCACUCCUGUGCUGAGAAGCUUGGCAUGUUCAUUACAGGAGUGCUCUUCCAGGCCUCAGCUGUUUGGGGAUAGGGCUGGGCAUACAUUGUGAGUUUUGGGGUAUUGCUUGGGGCUGCAUUGAGUUCUUGUUUGUGGCUUUGCAAGUCAGAAUGGUGGCAGGUGUUCUCCGGCUGUUGGGUUUGGUUCAAAACAUUCUCGAGCAAGACCUUCUGUUGUGCAGCAUCUGCAGCUCCCAUCCAAUCUCCUAGGCCUGGAGUCCCUCACGUUCUCUUACAAAGUCCUGGCACAGCGCUCAUGUGUCUAGAUUCUAUAUGGGCUUCUGAGCAAGCACUUGUUCCUGCAAGGUGUGGAGCAUUCUGGCCCUGAUGUAGAGAAGCAUAAACAUUUAAGCAGGUGGCUAGCCAAUUGAAGUUAAUGGGCUUACUCACAAGCAUGUGUUUAACCUUAAACGUAAGUGUUUCACUGGAUCAGAGCCAGCGUGCUCUGCACGUUGCAGGAUCAAGCGGAACUUCUCCUGCACUCCCAUCAGUACUUAGGGAGCACUUCCAACAUAGGUUUCAGAGUAACAGCCUUGUUAGUCUGUAUUCGCAAAAAGAAAAGGAGUACUUGUGGCAUCUUAGAGACUAACCGAUUUAUUUGAGCAUAAGCUUUCAUGAGCUACAGCUCACUUCAUCGGAUGCAUCCGAUGAAGUGAGCUGUAGCUCACAAAAGCUUAUCCUCUAAGGUGCCACAAGUACUCCUUUUCUACUUCCAACAUAGGAGACUUGUCUCUGAACAUUUUGUGUGGAUCAUACUAUUCAUUAUUAAGGCUACGUUUUAGUCAUGGGUAUUUUUAGUAAAAGUCAUGGACAGGUCCCGGGCAGUAAACAAAAAUUCACAGCCUGUGACCUGUCCAUGAUUUUUACUAUAUUCCCCUAACUAAAACUUGGGACGGAGGCUGCUGGUGCUCGGGGUGGUCCAGGGGCGCCGUGGGUGCUGGGGGUGGGCAGUGAUGCGCAGCCUGGGACCCCCCUGCUGGUGCUGGGGGGGUUGAGGGUUGGGCUUGCAGGCUCCCUACCCAGCUCCGCAUGUCCCUGCAGCUCCUAGGUGGCGGAGGGGCCAAGGAACUCCGCACGCUGCUCCCAGCACUAGCGCUGGCUGUGCUGCUCCCAUUGGCUAGGAACUGUAGCCAAUGGGAGCUGCGGGGGCAGGACCUGUGGGCAAGGGCAGCACGUGGAGCACCCUGGCUCUUCCAUCGCCAAGGAGCUGCAGGACCAUGCCAGUUGGAGCCAGGGAGCCCUCCCACCCCAAGGUAAGCACCCCCCACUCCUCCCAAUGCCUGUCUCUAGCCCUGAGCCCCCCUCACACACACCCAAACUGCUGCUGCUGGCCUAGGGGCUGCCCGGCUUGGGAAGCCCCUGAGCCAGCACCAGCUGCUGCAGAAGUCACAGAGAGUCAUGGAAUCCGUGACCAACGAGACAGACUCGCAGCCUUAUUCAUUAUCUUUGUACAUUUGGGAACUCUGGAAUUCAGCAUACGCCCCAGACAUUGGAAAUGGCAGAAAUGAUACAAGUUUGGACUGUGGUAUUUUAGGAAUGAUUUUUUGCAUACACAUUACCGGGAAAAACAACAGCACUUUGUCUUGGUUGCUUGUCUGGCUGAGAGACUGAGCUAUAAACUGAUGUGUGUAGCUUUUAUAUCUAGUUAAGGAUAAGCAGGGCAGGACUGGGGGUCCCUUGCACGGCUAGCUCUUUGCACUGUGUCUACCCUAUAAUGUAAGAUCCUGCUCUUUGGCAUAUGUUAAAGCUUUGCUGAAAGGCUGCACUGUGCUCCGGUAGGCAGGUCAGACUAUUCUUAGUGAGAUGCUAAACCUGCCCUGUGUGGUAUAAUCCAUUAACUCUGAGGAGAUUGCAAUGUAGUCCUGGGGUUAAUGGUUCAAUAAAAUUUCAGGUUCAAAUGUG